AUGUAUUUAAAUUGUAACCCUUAUGCUAAAUAUGGAGGUCCUGUAUCUGGACAACUUGAAAUUACUGCUAUUGCUACUAAAACCGAAAAUACAAAAUGGAAAGCAGCUGAAGGUUUUUAUUUACCAGCUUCAUCCAAAUAA